AUGAAGUGGCCAGCCGGGAAGGUCAAGCUCGUGUUUGUCAAAUCGAAGGUGUACGUACAUCCGUCCAGAAGAGCCCAGGACAACAUCUGUGGGUUCCUCUACCUCUACGCGGAACAGGGCUCCACGGACUCAGACUUGGUUGUGGGCUGGGUGCCAGAGUCGUUCCUAGCAGCUGAUGAGCUUGAGCAGUUCAAGCAGGCAGACGUCAGUGCCUCUGGUGAGGUGUUCUUCGUGAGAAGGCCCAGCACUGGUGGGUCCUUCAGCUGGCAAGUGCCGCUCAGGGCGGUCUUCAGCAUCCAACAUCGCCCUCCGAGCUUGGGGACGAUGAACGGCAGCUUGUUGUUCAAUACGAGAUCCUCCGAGGAGAAACUGCCCUGGAUGUUCUUCCACGACGUCGAGUGUCCCUCGACACAGGCCUCUGAGCGCCAACGAGUCAAGGACUUCAACGUGUUUGGCGUAGGGACCGAGUUGUUCUGGGGAGGUGCGCAGUUCCUGGAGGAACUCGGGAAGCACUGCGUAUUGGAGAGGUCAACUCUUGAGAACAGCGUGCUCUUGGUGAAUCCUACGCAGGACGACUUGAACAACUUCAGCCCAACGAACGUUGAGAAGCCUCAGUAUGGGCUGAAGAACUUUUCACAGGCCGUGAGUGAGGCUCGCUGGAACGUGCUACAGGCAUUGGCAAGGGUGACGACUUUUGCCAGAAGCCACGUGAAUGGUGCUAUAAGGGACUCGUCUACUCUCAAGUCGUUGCUCGUUCAUCCUGAGGUGCAAAAGGUCAACGAGGACUUUGACUCUGCCAGGAUCUACCUUGCGAAAUGGGCCCUGGGAGUCCAGGAGGAGGCAGACCGUAACCGUGCUCAGAUGCUGUUGAACGAGGAGAUGAGACAGAAGCUAUACAAGGAAAUGGGGAUUGAUUGUAACAAGCUGUCUCCUGAGGAGAUCCAGAAGGCCCAUGAGAACAGCAGGCCCGUUUCUCUGUUGGAAUGGAGUGGAUUUUUCGAUUCUACAGGCAGAUUGGCUAUUACUGUUGACGAGCUCAAGGACCGCGUGUUCCACGGAGGAUUGGCCCCUGAAGCACGGCCAGAGGCAUGGCCUUUCCUACUGGGAGUGUAUCCGUGGGAUUCAUCGUCACAGGAGAGAGACGAUCUACACAAGGUUAUGGUGUUACAGUACGACAUGCUAAAAUCGAGAUGGCUGCCAAAGCUCACGGACGAACACGACGAAUACUUUAAGGACCAGAAGUUCAGGAUUGAUAAGGAUGUUCAACGCACAGAUCGUUCCAUGGAUCUGUUCAAAGACGAGGAUUUACCUCCAUCCGAUGACUAUGAUAACGACGACGUUGCCAACAUCAAGAACCACCACUUACAGAAACUUCAGAGCAUCUUGUUGACGUUUAACGAGUACAAUGACAAGUUGGGCUACGUGCAAGGCAUGAACGAUCUACUCUCGCCUAUCUAUGUGAUCUUGCAGGACGAGGUGCUUUCAUUCUGGUGUUUUACCAAGUUUAUGGACCGAAUGGAGCGUAAUUUCCUCAGUGAUCAGCGUGGAAUGAAAGAUCAGAUGACCACGCUCAACGAGCUUACCCAAUUCAUGCUUCCAGAGUUCUACAUCCACUUGGAGAAGUGUGACUCCUCAAACCUCUUCUUCAUGUUCCGUAUGUUGUUGGUAUGGUUCAAAAGAGAAUUCAGCUGGAAUGAUACGGUGCAUCUAUGGGAAGUGCUAUGGACCGACUUCUACUCCUCACAGUUCCACCUCUUCGUCUCAUUGGCUAUACUACAGAAGCACGAGAGGAUCGUCAUGGCACAUCUGACGCAGUUUGACCAAGUGUUGAAGUAUUUCAACGAGCUGAAUGAGUCUCAGACCGUGGGCUUCAAGUUGAACGAGUUGCUAACCAGAGCAGAGCUACUCUUUUUGAAGUUUAGAAACACAGUGAGUGUGAUGGAUACCUACAGCUCGACCGAUGAUGGCAGUGCCAAAUCGCCCAUCGACGACCACUUGAGGAAGCUCCUCUCACGUGAGCUCGUCAUCCAGAAGGAACUACAGAGAGUGAGUGGCUAA